CAGGUAACCGGCUACAGCAGGUUGUUUGUGCGGACUGCGGAUGCCGGAUAGUAAUUGGUGUCUAAAGUUGAUGUCCUAGUCAACUUGCUAUAGCCGGUCAUGUCUUCCUGUAUGACCUUUAGCAAGUCAAGUGGACCAAACGACGUAAUGUAAGCUUCUCUAAUUCCUUAGUCUUUACAUAUUCAUCUAAUCUUGCUUGAAGAACUACUCGAUAAGACAAUUUCUUGAUUAUUAAUAUUUUUUCAGGAUAUCAAAUAAUUGGAUCAUGACUCCUGAUUUCAUUAGUGGAAAAGUCAGAAAUCUGCAAGGGAAUAGCCUUGAAAAUGUGGGAAAACAAAAUGAUUAUGGGAUUAAGUCUGAGAAUUUGAGGAAAAAUUAUAUUGUUCAAUCUUGUGGGAAGCAUAACAGAGAAGAUAUGCUGCUGCUAGGAGUCAGGUCCUUGGUGGGUAAAUUGAUCUUGGAAAAUCUGGAAAAGAUAUUGAGUUGGUUGAGUGAUGAUAAGAUAAACAAAAUUGGUGUGUUUGGGAUGGGUGGUUGCGGCAAGACCACCCUUGCUGUUCAUGUUUACAACCGGAUUUUACAGAGUGACCUUUCGCGUGUUCUUGUGUGGGUGACUGUGGGAAUGAAUUUUGAUGUUCAUAAGUUACAAUUGUGCAUUUCAAGGGCGGUCGGUCUUGAUCUUGAAAAUGAGAAAGACGAAACCAAGGGAGCUGCUAGGUUGCAUGACUAUUUAUCAAAGAGAGGAAGAUAUGUGUUGAUCCUUGACAAUUUGUGGGAACAUUAUUCCUUUGAGAAGGUUGGGAUCCCUAGUGCGUGCAAGGUGAUCAUAACGACUCGAAUGUUGAGCAUUUGCAGGAGAACCGGCUGUCAAAAGACGAUUAAGAUUGGCAUGCUGGGGGAUUGUGAAGCAUGGCAGCUGUUUUGCAGCGUGCUUGAAUAUGAACCGUUGCCUGGUGAUGACAUUGGGCACAUAGCACAGCUUGUUUGCCAGGAAUGUGCAGGUCUACCGCUUGGUAUUGUCCAUAUGGCUAGGAGUUUGAGGGGGGUGAAUAAAGUUUCUGAGUGGAAAUAUUCUAUGCGUCAACUCAAAGAAGUUCCCAAAGAGCAUGAUUUCCUGGUAACCAAGCAUUUAUAUCUGAAACUGCAUUCAUCUUAUGCAAGGUUGGCCAAUGCAAAAAUCAAGCUCUCUCUCUUGUAUUACACUUUAUAUCCUAAAGACUGUAAGAUCCAAAGAGAAGAGUUGAUACGGCUUUGGAUUGCUGUGGGGCUUAUAGAUGAGGUGUCAUCUUUGCAAGCACAAUAUGACCAGGGUCAUACCAUAGUGAAUGAACUGGUGGACUCCAGCUUGCUGGAAACCUCUGGAGAUGGGCUUUUUGUGAAAAUGCAUGAUGUGAUCAGGAAUAUGGCUGUUAAGAUUACUAGAGAAAAAGAUGGACCACGGUUUUUGGCCAUAUGUAAUUCACAGUUGAAGGAAGUGGUGCAAGCACUGGAAUUCAAGGAAGAUAUUCAUGCUGUUUCACUGAUGAAGAAUUACAUUACAGAGAUCCCUUUCGAUACUUCUCCAAAGUGUCCCAAACUAUCAGUCUUGCUGUUACAACACAACCCUUUGAAGAACGUUCCAUCGUCGUUCUUUUUACAUAUGCCCAGUCUCCGGGUACUUGAUCUGUCAAACACUAACAUCCAGAGACUGCCUGACUCAACAUGUGAAUUAAAGAACCUAAGAAGCUUACUUCUCCAUUGCUGUCAGAAGCUUACAUAUGUGCCUGCAUUGGUGAACUUAAAAGCUUUGCAAAUGUUGGACCUAGGUUACACUGCCAUUAAAAAAAUCCCUUUUGGUAUAGAAAGGCUAACCAUGCUCAGAGAGCUCGAUCUCUCCGGCUUGCACAAACUGAAGGAAGUUGGUUGUGGUUUGCUUGCCAUGCCACCUGCUUUGAAGCGUAUAUCGUGCUAUGUGGUGGGGGGAAUCCUGCAAGAGCUACAAACUUUAAGGUCUCUAGAAAUUCUUGAUGCGACAUUCAAGAACAUAAGUGAGUAUAACGGUUAUGUCAAGUCCGAACAUUGGCGAGUGUUGGACAGAUUCCAUCUGCAAGUCAGAGAUUCUGUGGAGGAAGAGCAGGAAUCUAAUAAUGUUUUGUGGCAGUAUAGCAAUGUAGUGUCUUUUUAUGGGUGUUCUCUUGUUGGUGAAAGAGAACAGCUAGUCCUACCUGAAAAUGUUAACCUGUUGCAUAUAGACAAAUGUGACGGCGUUGGAAGGUUAUGUGAUAUGUUGAAAUGGGAAUCUAAAGACUCGUAUUGGGAAAAUUCUGGUUUGAACAACACAACACAUCGUUUGGGUGAAGCUGUUGUAACGAGGGGCGGACCCCUUCUGAAUCUAGAAAUAGUUAUAGUCAGUAGAUGCCAUAAUAUUGAGAAAUUAUUCACCACUAAGCAGAUUAUGGGUCUCCAAAAUCUUGAAAUUCUGGAAAUUAGGGACUGUUUCGAGUUAAAGGAAUUAAUUACAGAGGAAGAUAAUGACAGAUCUUUAUCUGAAUGUAGCCCUUCUACUGUGAGGUUGCCAAAUUUGGAAAUGUUAAAGCUGACACGGUUGCCCCUUCUGUCCAGCAUUUACAAGGGUCUAUUGCUUUGCACCUCUCUCCAUUCGAUUCGGGUUGAUGAAUGUCCGAAACUGACUCGACUCCCAUUCUCCUUUUUUCUGGAUGAUCAAUGCAAAUUACUUCAACCGAUGCUUGAAAAAAUUGAGGGACAAGAUGAAUGGUGGGAUUCCUUAGAACUAAACCAGACUGCAGCUAAGUUAUCACUGCAAACUUUAUACAGACCAAUAUCUGGAGGUGAUCAGAGUCAAAUGUGAAGGGAGUGCAGGUCAUGGUAACAAUUUUACUUCCAUCAUUGUAUAUAAUAUGGAAUUCUUUGUACGUUUAUUGAAAACCCGUACCCUUUAUGCACAUAUAGAUCUUAUACCAUAUUAA